GCCCCCCCUCUGCCUCCAUUGAUUGCAUGCAUCUCUCUUCUUCAUCAUUCCAGUUCUCAUUCACUCGCACCAGCACACUCAGGAACAGCAAAAAGCAACAAAAUAAAGCAAAUCAUCGCUAUGACCUCCAAUACCUCCGCUAACGCCUUCUCCGCCUCGGUCCUCCCCGUGGGCACCCAGACCCCUGGCUCGAACACUGCCAAGUCCUUGGUCACGCCCCCCGGUACUGCGCCCUCGACAAUUCCUCAGACUAUGGAUACUCAUGUCAACGGCGUCAAUAAGGUCAUGGUCAUCUUCAAGUCUGGCACCUCGGCCGAGGACAUCAAGGCUGCUGAGGACGAUGUGCUCUCCCAGGGCGGCAAAAUCACCCAAAGAUACACGACCGCGUUGUUGGGUUUCGCAGCCGAGCUUCCCGACAACACCCUCCAGGCCCUGACGGUCCACCCCCAGUUGGACUACAUCGAGCCCGAUGGUAUCGUCACCGCCUACGCCCAAUCGCUUCUCAAGAAUUAG